AUGCAUUUAAAAGCCACAUUUGAACAAGAUGCCAUUUCUACUGAUAUAGAUUUUGAAGAUACAAAAGACACAAAGUUAGAAAUUUCUCAUGAUGAUAAGAAUAGCUCAAGUAGAAGGAAACGAUGGGAUGUAAUUCCAUUCAUUCAAAAUGAUGAUAUCAAGAAUAAUAUUGUAGUGAAAGAUGAUAAGUUACUGAAUAACUACAAGAAUGAACCUGUAAAAAGGUCUAGAUGGGACUUAAUACCCUUAAAAAGUCAAUCAGAUGAACUGAAUUCAAAUAAUAAUAUGAGUGAAAUAAAUUCAAGUGUAAAAUUAUCACCAGAUGAUAUUUUGAAAUAUCGUUUACAAAAGGAAAUAUACGAACGUAAUAAACCUUGGACAGAUGAAGAAUUAGAUAAGAUUUUGCCUAAGGAAGGUUAUGAGAUAAUAGAUCCUCCAGAAGGAUAUGAUGUAUUACGUGAAAGACGACUAAAAAAUUCUUCCAUAAAUCAUUUUGGUCAAGAAUUCUAUGAAAUCCCAGAAUUUUCAGGAAUUGAAUCUAAAAAUGAACAUAGCAAUGAUAUUUUAAUUGGAGGUACAUCUACAAUAGUUUAUCAUGCUGAACUUGGAGAAUUAGCCUUAAAAGCAGAAGAUUAUUCAUUUUUCGCAAAACUUUUUUCUAAUGAAUCAGAAGAUGAUUUAUCUGUAGAAGAAGUUAAAGAAAGACAGAUAUUAACAUCAUUAUUAAAGCUAAAAAAUGGAAACCCACAACAACGUAGACAAGCAAUGAGAUAUAUAACAGAGAAUGCAAGAGAAUUAGGGGCAGGUCCUUUAUUCAACAAUAUACUACCAUUAUUAAUGUUAUCAACAUUAGAGGAUCAGGAGAGACAUAUUUUAGUGAAAGCUAUGGACAAAAUUCUAUAUAAAUUAAAGGAUCUUGUAAGACCAUAUGUUCAUAAAAUUUUAGUAGUGAUUGAACCUAUGUUAAUUGAUCAAGAAUAUUAUGCUAGAAUGGAAGGACGUGAAAUAAUUUCAAAUUUAUCUAAAGCUGUUGGUUUAGCAACAAUGAUUGCAACAAUGCGUCCUGAUAUUGAUCAUCCAGAUGAAUAUGUACGUAAUACAACAGCAAGAGCAUUUGCAGUAAUUGCAUCUGCUUUAGGGAUAUCCUCUUUAAUUAUUUUUUUACAAGCAGUAUGCCAAAGUAAGAAGAGUUGGCAAGCCAGACAUACUGGAAUUAAGAUUGUUCAGCAAAUUGCAAUAAUUAUGGGAUGUGCUAUAUUACCUCAUUUAAAGAAUUUAGUUCAAAUUAUAUCACAUGGUUUAGUAGAUGAGAAUCAGAAAGUUAGAAUGAUCACUGCAUUAAGUAUAGCAGCAUUAGCAGAAGCUUCAGCUCCAUAUGGUAUAGAAGCUUUUGAUAAUAUUUUAAGACCACUUUGGAAAGGUAUAAAAGAAUAUCGUGGAAAGGGAUUAGCUGCAUUUUUGAAGGCUAUAGGUCAGAUAAUUCCAUUAAUGGAUGCCCACCAUGCUAAUUAUUAUACAAAUGAAGUUGCACCGAUUUUAGUAAAUGAAUUUUCAACCCCUGAUGAUGAGAUGAAAAGAAUAGUAUUGAAGGUUAUUCAACAAUGUAUAUUAACAAAUGGUGUUGAAGUUGAAUAUUUUAAAUUAGAAAUUAUUCCAUUAUAUUUUUCAAAUUUAUGGAUACCUAGAAAUGCAUUGGAUAAGCGUACAUAUAAACAAUUAGUAGAAACAACUGUAAGUAUAUCACAAAAAACUGGUGUAGAAUGUAUAUUAAAAUUUUUAAUUCAAUAUUUGAAAGAUAAUAAUGAAUCAUUUAGGAAGAUGGGUUUGGAAACUAUUAAUAAAAUGAUCUCUUUAACAAAAGUUAUAGAUAUUGAUAAUCGUUUACAAGAACUUCUUAUAGAUGGUAUUUUAUAUGCUUUUCAAGAACAUACAGAUGAUGAUUCAACAAUUAUUAUCGAUUCAUUUGGAAGUAUUUUAAGUUCACUUGGAACUGCUGCAAAACCUUAUUUACCACAAAUAUCAUGUAUUAUUAGAUGGAGGCUUAAUACUCCAUCUGCAAAGGUUAGACAGAUGGCAGCAGAUUUAAUAGCAAGAAUUGUAGGAAUAAUGAAACAGUGUGAUGAAGAAGAGAUGUUAGGUCAUAUUGGUUUAUUCCUAUAUGAAUAUUUAGGUGAAGAAUAUCCAGAGGUAUUAGGGAGUAUAAUAGGUGCAUUGAAAGAAAUUAUCAAUGUUAUUGGAAUAGAUAAAAUGAGUCCACCAAUAAAAGAUCUAUUACCUAGACUAACUCCAAUACUUAAAAAUAGGCAUGAGAAAGUUCAGGAAAAUGUAAUAGAUCUGAUAGGAUGUUGUGCUAAUCGUGGUGGAGAUCUUAUUUCUCCAAAAGAAUGGGAUAGAAUAUGUUUUGAUUUAUUAGAUACUUUAAGAGCUAAUAAAAAAUCUAUUAGAAGAGCUACUGUUAAUACAUUUGGUUAUAUUGCGAAAACAAUAGGACCUCAUGAUGUUCUAGUAACAUUACUUAACAAUCUUAGGGUACAAGAACGUCAAUUAAGAGUUUGUACAACUGUUGCAAUUGCAAUUAUCUCAGAUAUAUGUAUGCCAUAUACAGUUUUACCUGCUCUUAUGAAUGAAUAUCGUAUUCCAGAUUUGAAUGUACAAAAUGGAGUUCUUAAAACUCUAUCAUUUAUGUUUGAAUAUAUUCGUGAAAUGUCAAAAAAUUAUGUUUAUGCAAUUACACCAUUAUUAGAAUCUGCUUUAACUGAUAGAGAUCCUGUACAUCGUCAAACUGCAGCUUGGGCUUGUAAACAUUUAGCUUUAGGAAUAGCAGGAUUAGGAUGUGAUGAUGCAUUGAUCCAUCUAUUAAAUUAUGUCUGGCCAAAUAUUUUAGAGACAUCUCCUCAUCUUAUUCAGGCAGUAUUUGAAGCUAUAGAUGCUUUUAGAGUUUCAGUUGGUCCCGGUACUAUUCUAUUAUAUUUAUUACAAGGAUUAUUCCACCCUGCUAGGAAGGUUAGAACCGUUUAUUGGAAAUUAUACAACAACUUGUAUAUUGGUAGUCAAGAUGCUUUGGUUCCAUUUUUUCCAAAUAUACCAGAUUAUCAAGGGAAGUCAUUUAUGAGACAUGAGUUAUAUUAUUUAAUUUAG